AUGAACCAAGUCAUUCUGAGUCCGGUUUAUAUUCCACUUGGAAUCAGCCGGGGUAGAGACCAGCGGUUCAUUCCGACCACAGACGACUUCCUGGCUGUACGAACGAACCGCAUGCGGCGCGACGCUUCCCGCGAGCGUCUGUUUUUCUUGCUAGUGCUAAUCGGCGCGCUUCUGCUGCUGUCCGGAUUCAUGCUACGACACGAUAGUGCUGCGCCAUCCACUCGCACCUUUCGCGACGGCUUCACGGUGGCCGAGGACGCUGUGCGACGUACCGAGAAUGUCGCGACCAGCGACGCGUUGGACCGGAACGUGACUAAGCCUUUGCAAACUCAAGACCCUGAGGCGGCAGAUGUGCGGAUGACCACGAUCACGACAGAGAACGGCGACGAAAUCACUAUCAAGCGGGCAGCCACGUCGAAAGGCAACAAGGUCACGACCAUCUCCCGGGAUGAAGCGGGUAAGCUUACGAUUGAGGACGCUGCAGCUGAGAAAGCAGGCAGGGAGAAGACGGAGGUUGGGGCCGGGUCGACCGGAGAGGGUCAUGAGGAAGUGGAGCAAGAUGCACUCGACGACGUUGUCAUCGUUUCCCCGACAGCCGUGCGCCAGAAUGCGACUGAAAUAAUUAGACGCGAGGAAGAAGCGACAAUUGGCAGCGGUCAGAAAAGAAAAGUUGAAGAAGAAGUUGCCGUUACGCAUGGCAGCAAGAAGGUGACAGUCGUGCAGGUGGACCGAUUCUUGACCAAAGUGAGCCUUUCAGAUAUAGAAGAGAGUGUUGGGAAGGAGGCUACGCGAUAG